AUGUCGGAUUUAUCAUCCAAAGGCGAUUCGGUUCAAAUCAGAGAGGUUUGGAACAAUAAUCUCGAAAAGGAAUUCGAGUUGAUCCGUGAAGUUGUUGAUUAUUUCAACUAUGUAGCUAUGGAUACAGAGUUUCCUGGUGUUGUUCUCCGUCCUAUAGGGGUUUUCAAGCACAUCACCGAUUAUAACUACCAGACUUUGAAGGAUAAUGUUGAUAUGUCGAACCUGAUUCAGUUAGGUCUCACUUUCUCUGAUGAGAACGGAAACCUACCUACUUGUGACACUGGGAAUCCUUGUAUCUGGCAGUUCAAUUUCCGCAAAGACAUCGCUGGGAUCGACGACGUCCCUGGGAUCGACAGGGACCAGUUCAGCACGCUUCUUCUGUCUUCGGGAAUUGUGUUGAAUGAUAACAUAAAAUGGAUUACUUUUUACGGUGGAUAUGGUUUUGGUUAUCUGCUGAAGCUUUUGACUUGCAGAACUUUGCCCGAUACGCAAUCGGGGUUCUUUGAUUUGAUCAACCUUUAUUUUCCAAUGCUUUGUGAUAUAAAAUAUCUGAUGAAAUUCCGUAACAGUUUACAUGGUGAUUUGAACAAGCUUGCGGAAUUGUUGGAAGUUGAAAGGCUUGGUGUUGACCAUCAAGCUGGAUCCGAUAGUUUACUCACUGCUUGUGCAUUUAGAAAAUUGAGGGAUACUUUCUUCAACGGUGAAACGGAGAAGUAUUCUGGGCACUGCAACUGGAGGCACUGUGGAGAUUGUGGUAAAUGGGACAAUCGGCAAAGUACAGUUAAAUCCAGCUUAGGAAAAGAAGAGUAUUUGACCAACUUUUUCAGCAGGACGAAUAUUUGGCGGUACUAUAUUGGCAAUGUGAAAGUUUAA